GCCAUCCAGAAGCCCGUGCACCAUGACGGUCCCUGCCCUGGCCAGUGUCUCUGGGCUCCUGCAGGUGGUCCUGCUCGGGCUGCUGCUACUUCUCCUCAAGGCAGCACAGCUCUACCUGCGCAGACAGUGGCUGCUCAAAGCCCUCCAGCAGUUCCCGUCCCCUCCUUCCCACUGGCUCUAUGGACACAGCAGGGAGUUUCAAGAGGAAGGCGAGCUGCAACCCCUCCUGAAAAGGGUAGAGAAAUACCCAAGUGCCUGUGCUCGCUGGCUGUGGGGAACAAGAGCCAUGGUACUGGUCUAUGACCCUGACUACAUGAAGGUGGUCCUGGCGAGAUCAGACCCCAAGACUUCUGUUUUCUACAGAUUGCUGAUCCCCUGGAUUGGCUGUGGUUUGCUCCUGUUGAAUGGGCAGACGUGGUUCCAGCGUCGGCGGAUGCUGACCCCAGCCUUCCACUAUGACAUCCUGAAGCCCUACGUAGGUCUCAUGGCCAAGUCUGUCCAAGUGAUGCUGGACAAGUGGGAGCAGCUCGUCGCCCAGGACCCACGUCUGGAGAUCGUGGGACCCGUCUCCUUGAUGACCCUGGACACCAUCAUGAAGUGCGCCUUCAGCCACCAGGGCAGCGUCCAGACUGACGGGGAUUCCCACUCCUACAUCCAGGCCAUUUGGGAUCUCAAAAAUCUCUUUUCUAUCCGUUCGAGGAGUGCCUUUCUCCAGAACGACAUCAUCUACAGGCUGAGCCCUGAAGGCCGUAAGAGCCACCGUGCCGUCAGGAUAGCCCAUCAACACACAGACCGAGUGAUCCAGCUGAGGAAGGCGCAGCUGCAAAAGCAGGGAGAGAUGGAGAACGUGAGGAAGGAGAGGCACUUGGAUUUCCUGGACAUCCUCCUCCUUGCCCGAAUGGAGAAGGGGAACAGCUUGUCGGACACCGACCUCCGUGCCGAAGUGGACACGUUCAUGUUCGAGGGUCAUGACACCACAGCCAGUGGCAUCUCCUGGAUCCUCUAUGCUCUGGCCUCCCACCCUGAGCAUCAGCAGAGAUGUCGGGCGGAGAUCCAAGGCCUCCUGGGGGAUGGCACCUCCAUCACCUGGGACCACCUGGACCAGAUGCCCUACACCACCAUGUGCAUCAAGGAGGCCCUGAGACUCUAUCCGCCAGUACCAGGAGUUAGCAGAGAGCUCAGCAAGCCCAUCACCUUCCCUGAUGGACGCUCCUUACCUGCAGGAAUCAUCCUCUCGCUCUCCGUUUACGGCCUUCACCACAACCCGCAGGUGUGGCCGAACCCAGAGGAGUUUGACCCAUCCCGGUUUGCCCCGGGUUCUGCUCGACACAGCCAUGCCUUCAUGCCCUUCUCAGGGGGAUCCAGGAACUGCAUUGGGAAGCAGUUUGCCAUGAACGAGAUGAAGGUGGCUGUGGCCCUGACCCUGCUCCGCUUUGAGCUGGCACCAGAUCCCUCCAGGAAGCCCACUGUCAUUCCAGAAGUUGUGUUGAACUCCAAAAACGGGAUCCACCUGAAACUCCGCAAGCUCCCGUAACCUCUGUAGGGACAGGACAAGCUCUGAAGGCCCCCUGCUGGCCAUCCUGUCUUGCUGUCCCUCUCCCCUGUCCCCUGCCUCUUUGCCCCCUUCUCUUGGGCCACCUGCAAGGCGACUUCAUGCCCUGCCUCCUGCCCAUCGGACAUCCUGCCCUUCUCCCUCUCACCUUUCUCCAGGCGCCCUGCCUGUGUAUCUGUCCAUCUGUCUCUGAACCACCGGGAUCUCUGCCUGUCCACCUAAAUAGCCACCACCUGCCGUCCUCCAGUCGGUCUGCCCUCUCCCUGUCCUUCUUCCUUUCUGCUUUUCUGUCUGUCCAUGGAUUCAUUUCCUUUCGCUGCUCUAAUAAGUUCCAACAAGCUUAGUGACGUAAAACAACACAAAGCCACCCUCUGAUGGGUCUGGAAGCAGACGUCUGAAAUGGGUGUGGCUGGACCACAGCAACGAUGUUGGCAGGACCCCUAUGUAGGGAUGGCAGAGAAACUCUCUCUCUCUCGCUCUCUCUCUCUCUCUCUCUCUCUCCCCCCCUGCCUUUUU